AUGAGCAUCACAGAUGUCCUUAGUGCUGAUGACAUCGCAGCAGCCCUGCAGGAGUGCCAAGAUCCAGAUACUUUUGAACCCCAAAAAUUCUUCCAGACAUCGGGCCUCUCCAAGAUGUCGGCCAAUCAGGUGAAGGAUGUUUUUCGGUUCAUAGACAAUGACCAGAGUGGAUAUCUGGAUGAAGAAGAGCUUAAGUUUUUCCUCCAGAAGUUUGAAAGUGGUGCUAGAGAACUGACUGAGUCAGAAACCAAGUCCUUGAUGGCGGCUGCAGAUAAUGAUGGUGAUGGAAAAAUUGGGGCUGAUGAAUUCCAGGAAAUGGUGCAUUCUUAA